UUCCAGUCUGGGCAGAGAGGUGGGUCCUGGGGAGGACUGGGUGGACAGGACGGUGGGCCUGGGAGGACCGGGUGGGUCCAGGGGAGCAGCAAAGCCAGCGUGGGCGGCCAGCGGAACCCAGGGCUGAACACAGAGCGGGUGGGGCAGAGGUGGUGGGCAGGGGGCUGGUGCCUCAUCGCCAGGAAGUGGGAGGUGCUGGGGGAUCCAGUUGCAGUGCUCUGUGGCUGAAAGGGGAGCCCACAACAGCCCACAGCCCGCCAACUGCCUCCCUGCUGACUCUUCUGCUCUCAGGCCGUAACAUGAGCCCCAGGGAGGGAGCCACAGGGCACCCUGGGUCCCCCCUCAAGCCACCACUGGCCAGCAUAAGCAGCGCAGGUACAGGAUGCUGCAGCCUGAGAGUCUCCGGGCCCCCGAGGAGGAGGCCGCUGACACCGGGACCCGGAGGACUGACUGUGUCGUCUGCUACUCAGCCUAUGACCUGGCUGGGCACUUGCCCCGCCGCCUCUACUGUGGCCACACCUUCUGCCAGGCGUGCAUGCGGCGGCUGGACACACUGGCCCACGAGCAGCACUGGAUCCCCUGCCCGCAGUGCCGCCAGAGCACACCCACGCCUCGGGGUGGGGUGGCCAUGCUGGACCUCGACCUGGCCGCCUUCCUGGCGGUCAAGGCAGAGCGGGAGCCGGCGCGAGGGGAGACUCGGCUGCCUGGGCCCCUCAAAGGCGGUGCCACCAUCGUCACACAGCAGCCAGCCGGCCUCUGCCUGGCCUUGGGCCACCAGCCCCGCUUCCCGAGGUCCAGACGCCGCCGCUGCUGCUGCUGCUGGGACUGCUGCAACCUCUGCUGGGACAUCCCAGGCAGCCUGGAGGUCUGAGCUCAGG